GAUUUAGCUAAAAUCUGUCAAUAUAUAUUUAUUACAAAAAAAAAAUCAAUAAAAUUCAAUAUACUCUGUGUUUUGAUACAUUUUUAUUCCGCUAUUUUUUUUCGAAAAAUGUCUGAUGCUUGGGACGAGAUCCAAGCGAUAAAAAGCAAAAGAAACAGUUUACGUGAACGUUUAGAAAAACGUAAAAAAGAAAGACAAGAUAUCUUAGGUAACUCCAGUUGUGCUUUAUCCGCAUCAUUACCGGCAAUUAUUUCAACGAAAACUGAUGAGACGAAAUCACAACUAAAUGAAAUAUUUACAACAGUUGACAAUGAAUCGGAUCCAGAUAUUGAACGAUUACUGUUACAAAUUCUGUCGGACAGUGCUUUAUUAUUGCCUAUAAACUCUACUCAGUUGAUUGAAAAAAUUAGCUCAAGGCGGUUCAAACCAGUUUCAUUGAAUACAUUAAGCUAUUUUCUGCAGAAGUUUGCUACACAAGCAUAUAUAAGCAUUAAAAAAAAUUCCCACUCCAAUAAAAAUGGAUUUGAAGUGUACUUGGUCGAUCAUUCACGUAUACAAUCAUUAUAUGGUGAAUUACAUGAUGAUAAUGAUACGAAUGAAGUUAUUGAGGGUUUCUUAAAACGAAAGUAUUCAAUGCAGUGUUUUGUCAGUUGCGAUUGUUUGUAGAAAUGUCACCAAAUUUGUAGAAAUUUCAAUCAAAAAAAGAUUGGCUCAAUCUAUAUCGAUUAAAACGUCUCCGGUAGUUAGUUUAUCAACUAGGUAAAAUACCUAUCUUCAGCUGAGGUCAAUGAUAAUAAAAUGUCAUACAUCCGUAAGAUGAACUUUCCCGCACUGUGAUCCACAACAUGCAUUUAUUACAUAUCUUUUACUGUAAAUAUGAAUUCAUGAGAAAACUGAAUUCGACAUUAAUUUUGUGAUACAAAUAAUAUUCGACGCUCUUUUCAUACAAACAUUUCAAAAAAAAUUGGAUUUUUGUGUGGGAGCCAUGCCUGUUUAACAUCGUAAUGAUGUGAAA